AUCCCCCUCAGAGCUGUGUUCCCUUCCACCCGGGCCGGAGUGACCUUGGUCCAAGAUGGCGGAGGCGAAGCCCAAGACCUCCCCCAAGUCCGUCAAGUUCCUCUUCGGGGGCCUGGCCGGGAUGGGGGCCACGGUGUUUGUGCAGCCGCUGGACCUGGUGAAGAACCGCAUGCAGCUGAGCGGGGAGGGCGCCAAGACCAAGGAGUACAAGACCAGCUUCCACGCCGUGGGCAGCAUCCUCCGCAACGAGGGCGUCCGGGGCAUCUACACCGGGCUGUCUGCCGGCCUCCUGCGCCAAGCCACGUACACCACGACACGGCUGGGCAUCUACACCAUCCUCUUUGAGAAGCUCACGGGGGCCGACGGCACGCCCCCCAACUUCUUCAUGAAGGCGCUGAUUGGCAUGACGGCGGGCGCCGUCGGGGCCUUUGUGGGCACGCCUGCUGAGGUGGCGCUCAUCCGGAUGACGGCGGACGGCAGGUUGCCUCCGGACCAGCGGAGGGGCUACUCGAACGUCUUCAACGCCUUGGUGCGGAUCACGCGAGAGGAGGGGGUGCCCACCCUCUGGAGGGGUUGUGUGCCCACAAUGGCCAGAGCGGUGGUCGUCAACGCGGCCCAGUUGGCCUCUUACUCCCAGUCCAAGCAGUUCCUCCUCGACUCCGGCUACUUCAAGGACAACAUCUUGUGCCACUUCUGCGCCAGCAUGAUCAGCGGCUUGGUCACCACGGCCGCCUCCAUGCCUGUGGACAUCGCCAAGACCAGGAUCCAGAACAUGCGGAUGAUCGACGGGAAGCCAGAGUACCGGAAUGGACUGGACGUGCUGCUGAAGGUGGUGCGCUACGAGGGCUUCUUCAGCCUGUGGAAGGGCUUCACCCCGUACUACGCCCGGCUGGGGCCCCACACCGUCCUGACCUUCAUCUUCUUGGAGCAGAUGAACAAGUUCUACAAGAAGUUCUUCCUCAGUGCCUGAUGUGGAUUUGGGGUGGGGAGGGGGACCCCAUGUUCGGGGCACACGGCACCCCUGUUUCUCUGAGGGGCAGCGGGAAAAGGAAUGGCGUGUGCCUGCGUGUGCGUGUCUCCAUCCACUGAUGGUGAGUUUGGGUUGUGGAGCGGGAGAGAGAGACGUUAUUUAUUAGGAGGGGGGCAACUCCGGGCAUUGCUGCUACCGCUGCUGCUUCCGUGGGAGGCUGCCUUGCCCCAAGCCAAACUGCCACCCCCUCCCAUUGCAUCUCACGAUGGUGCUUCACGGCCCCUCUUCUCCCCCAACGAUGCUUCCUGCUUAGUCAAACCAAUCAUGGUCUCCACCCCUGCGCCUGCCGCCAGUGAGGGAGGGAGGAUGAAGAAGAAGAAGAGGAGAGCAGGCCCAGGACCCUUUUGGGGGGAGGGGGCUCCACCAGCACAAAUAUGCUUUCAGGUGUUGGGAAUUGGGGGGUCUUGUCCUUGUCUCCUUUGGACGCUGGGAACCCCCACCUACGAUUGUAAAAGCAAUAUAAACUGUGAAAAGGAAGCCCCAGAGUGUAUUUUUCCCAACGUUUACCAUUUCGUCUUACUCCCCGCGCGGGUCAUGGAAACGUUGCGGCAGAAUUGAAUCAUCACAACAAUAAAAUGCUUCUGUUUUGAAAA